ACACCGUCCCCGGGGCUCGCUGCUCCUCCGAAGCUAACGUUAGCUAGCAAGCUGUCAAGCUGUCUAGUGGAGAGGCUGAGACAGACGUUUCAGCUUCCCCCCUGGCUUGGCCCCGCAAAGCUCCGGCCCACAAAUUCCCUGAAAAAUCUGUCAGAAUAUACUUUAUAUCGCCAGCUGAGAUAAUGUAAUGCAUCACGGGCAUACGCAAAGAGGGACCCUCCGCACUUACACCAUUUAUAUGCACUGUAUCCCGAGUGACGACUGCUCUCAUUGCUAGCUAACUGGAUAGCUAGCCUAGCUAACCUCCGCAAUCCCCCCAGUUUCGUCGGUGUACACUCUCAGGUGUGAACGGAGGCCAUUCAUUCCUCGUCACGGCGCAGUUUCCGUUGCUGUCAGCUUGUAUUUCGGAUAUUUGUUCUUAAGAAGUACACAAUGGGUGCAUUUCUGGACAAACCAAAGAUGGAAAAAUACAAUUCCCGUGGUGAAGGCAACAACGUGAGAUAUGGGCUGAGUAGCAUGCAGGGUUGGCGGGUAGAGAUGGAAGAUGCACACACAGCAGUAAUUGGUCUGCCUCAUGGUCUCGACCCCUGGUCAUUCUUUGCUGUUUAUGAUGGGCACGCUGGCUCACAGGUGGCCAAGUACUGCUGUGAGCACCUGCUCGAGCACAUCACCAGCAACCCAGACUUCCAGAGUGCUCUCCAGGAAGACCCCUCUGUCGACAGCAUCAAGACUGGGAUCCGCACAGGCUUUCUGCAGAUUGAUGAGCACAUGCGAAGCAUCUCUGAGAAAAAGCAUGGCGUGGACCGCAGUGGUUCCACUGCAGUGGGAGUGAUGAUUGCUCCAAACCAUACCUACUUUAUCAACUGUGGCGACUCACGGGGACUCCUCAGCCGGGGUGGGGCGGUGCACUUCUUCACACAGGAUCACAAACCCAGCAACCCUCUGGAGAAGGAAAGGAUCCAGAAUGCCGGUGGAUCAGUCAUGAUCCAGCGAGUAAAUGGGUCUCUAGCUGUGUCUCGGGCUUUGGGAGACUUCGACUACAAGUGCGUGCAUGGAAAAGGCCCGACGGAGCAGCUUGUUUCUCCUGAGCCCGAAGUUUAUGCAAUAGAGAGAUGUGAGGGGGAAGAUGAAUUCAUUAUACUAGCUUGUGAUGGCAUCUGGGAUGUCAUGGCCAAUGAGGAACUGUGUGACUUUGUCAGGUCAAGGCUAGAGGUGACUGAUGAUCUUGAAAGAGUCAGCAAUGAAAUUGUUGACACCUGCUUGUACAAGGGAAGCAGGGACAAUAUGAGUGUUGUGUUGAUCUGCCUUCCUGGGGCACCAAAGGUUUCUCCAGAAGCAGUGAAACGGGAGGCUGAGCUGGAUAAAUACCUGGAGGGCAGAGUAGAAGAGAUCAUCAAAAAGCAGGGGGAUGAAGGUGUCCCAGAUUUGGUCCAUGUUAUGCGCACGUUAGCAUCUGAGAGCGUCCCUAACCUCCCUCCUGGAGGGGAGCUGGCAAGCAAACGAAGUGUUAUUGAAGCAGUGUACAACAAACUCAACCCCUACCGAAGUGAUGACACAGACUCUGCGUCCACAGACGACAUGUGGUAACACAACCUCCCACCACUAACACAGCAUAGAGUUUACAACCACCAUCCUCUCCAGACCCACAGCAGCUCAGCAGUCUGUCUCCGUCACUCGGAGCUUUUGGUUUCUAAGAAGGGAAUUUCAUGGGAGGAAGAAGAGGAGUUGCAUGCACACAAACCUGGAAUAGUGCAGCACCAGUCCACUCUGGAGUUCAGGAUCCCCACGUCUUGUCUCCCCCCUUUAUGUUCACCCCUCCCCUUGAUACUCUCCUCUAAAGUAACCCAUAACAAGUGAGUCCCCAAGGUUUUCUUUCUUUUUGUUAAAUAAUCAGCUUAAGUAGUAAGAUUUGUUGUUGUUGCUGUAAUUAAUUUGAUUCACAUUUCCUUGUGUGUGUGUUUGUAUAUUUCUGUUUUUUGUGAAGUGCAAUUGUCCUGUACAAACAGCCUGUAUUUAAUGCAGCUUGAUUUUAAGUUAAAAAAUGAAAGAAAUGAAAAAGAGAACCUUUUAUGCACUAUCUGCCUUUUCCUGCUCUUCUGGAAUUGUAUCAAAUGUCUAUUCAGUGAAUAUUACUGCUUGUCCUCCAGGUACAAUGUCUCUGCGCUUUUACAGUACUUUCCUUUUCCCCCCUUUCAGUUAGUCUAUGCUCCUUUUUAAGAAACGGGUAAAUUGUAUAGUUGACAGCACACUAAGCUCUAUAUCAAACCAUUUAAAUCCUAAUUAUUUUUCCCCUGUGCUUUUUUAUUGUAUUUUAUUUUUGUAAGUGGUUUUCUCUACAUGCUCAAAUAAUAAUGGCAAAGUGUUUCUCGAGUCAUUUUGGAAGUUUGUAAUGAAACUUUAUUUUGAGGCAUCUGAUAAAGAUAAGACCCCGGUUAACACAUGUGUCUGUGCAAAUAGAUACUUGCAAGCGUGCGUGGGUGCUUGUGUGUAUGUAUGUGCGCACGUGCGUCAGUGUAAAGGCAGAUCUGUGUGUGUAACUCUAAUUUAAAUCUAACUAGGGUGGAUUGGUCAGACCAGGCUGGAGUUUAAGGGACUCUCCUCCCAAUGCUUUCCCUCCGUCUGCCCUUUCUCAGCCAGUGUUUCACUUCCACCCAGCAGAGGCUUUCACUACUUCCUAUUCCAAAACGUUUGGGAUAACAGAGUUUACAUGCUGUAACGCUAUCUGAACAACAUCAAGCUAUAUAUCAGAACCAUACAGUAACCUGAGAUGACACAAGUAGUUCAAUUUACCCAACGUGUAUAAUGCAUUGCAGUUAGUCAAGUCUAGACUAGUUUACACAUCUAUUGUGUCAUAUUGAAAUAUCAGUUUCUUAACAUACUUUGUUACCAGUAUGCCAUAUGAUUUAUAUCGCUUUUUUCAGCUUUAUGACAGCCUAUGCCAAGUUUCUUUUUCAUGAGAUUCAGAUUUUGCAUGUGGUACAGAUACAUUUUUAACUUCUACCUUUUAACAACAUUUGACAGGAUUACCACUCAGAUAAUAGGACAAACAACAAGGCUACUUUUAUUCUUCACAGGGGUUUUAGUCAGACAUAUAAACCAAGAACAAAUCUGCCUACUGCGAUGAGUUCUCAUGGUUGUACAGCACCUUUUUACCCCCCCAGCACCACAAGGUUGCAGGUCACCCUUGAAAAAGAGAUCUUUUGAUCUCAAGGGGCUUCACCUGGUUAAAUAAAGGCUACAAACAAACAAACAGCCAGAGCACAACAGUUUGCUGCUACAAUGUGUGAUCUGCAGGUUGAUUUGUUCUCGCUAGUUGAUUUACCCCUCUGAAAAGAUGAAUAGUCUCUGACUAAAUCUGUUUUUAACACACAGUAGAUAUAUUUCUUGAAGAUAAAUGGUUUUAUUUCAGAUUUAUUUUCUGCCAUUUUUGUCUAAAAUUGCAUUGUUGGAAAUUAAUGUAUGUAUAUAUUUUUGACUUAAACUUUCAAGGAAUAAAUCAUGUCGCUUGAGUUAGUUUUUUGCCAUGGACAAAAUGUGAUUCUGGUUUGUUUUGGGAUGGACUAAGGGUUCCCUCUAGUCACUCUGGUGUCCCUUUGAUCAACACUGAGGGUUUUACCGUUUAUAAAAUACACAAUAAUAAUGUACUAAAUGUGCAACUCCUCGUUUAUUAAAAAGACAAUCCUAACACUUCCACCGCAUUUAGGUUUGUGGUGGUAGCUCGUUUUCAAAUCUUUAAUAUGCUUUUGUGGCAAAACGGCCAAAGACACUCAAUUUUUUUUUAUAAAGCUAUUUACAUUUUUUAAAUGAUCUAUAUCACAAGAAGUUAUAAUAUAAAGUAGAUCCCUUUUAAAGAAUAGGUUUAAGAGUACUCUGUGGAUGCAUUUCGGUAAGAAGUGUUGAAUGUAAACCUAAGUGUGUUUACACUGACCUCCACAGGGUUUCUUUUAAACAGCCGUAAAUAAAUAAAUAUUAACCUAGUCAUAAUUGAGCAGAUUGCUUUCUAUUUAUUUGCAUGGAAAUGUGGUUUCCUCAAUACUGCCUCCCCUUCAAAAUAAACUCAAAUGCAAUAAAAACAGAGCAGUAAAAACAUUGUUCAAUUAUAUACAAAUUGCAGUAUUGAUUAUCUACUACAAUACUCACAAAACCUAUUGUGCUCUUGUAAAAUAUAAACUCUUCAAGCCAGUUGAUUCAGUAGGUUUCAGAGAAGACUAAAUGUAAUCUAAAUGCCUUUGUGUGUUUAGAUGAGUUUUAUGUUGCGAUACAUUGCUUGUAUUUGUAUUAAGUGAGUGCACUAAUCGUCUCUUGUCAAACAGUUGUUGAUGACUCUUGAAGCAACAUUUCAUGCCGUUGUUCUUCACGCUUAAUGAGGAACAAACUAUAUUUAUAUUCAUCUCAAGGCCAUCGAUACCCCCCCCCCCCCCCCACGCCCCUGGAUAGUCCCGCGUUGCCAUAGAGAUUUUAAAUUCAGGCUGUUUCCCCUAAACGAUGCUGGUUAAUUAUCCAUUUCUAUAACAACCCACAGAAUGAAAAAUGUAGAAAUAAGCUUUUCAAUAUUCAAGAUUGCUGUAGCUGAAGUGUUAGUCGAUACUGAGAGUUGCUUGGGUGUGAUUUAUUACACGUGCAUUUUGUUGAAAUCAUGUAAAAUAUCACAUCCCUAUUUGUCCAACAUCCCCCCGUCCCUCUAAAAAAAUCUUCCAAACAUUUAUUCUCCUUGUUUUAUUUUUUCUUGAACUGAAAUACCUCAUAACAUGUAUAGGAAGUGUUUGUCUUGUGUUAUGUAGAUCCAAACUGUUCAGAGAGAGGGAGAAAGCAUUUGUUUUUGUGGUCCUUAGACUUUUUGAUUUGAACACUGAUCUAUUUGAGUGGAAUAAGCCUGUGCUCGUGUACAGUAUUUGACUGAAUUGUGCUAAUGUUAACGAAACGAUUUAAGUGGCUACUGCAAAUACAACUUACUUUAGUCACUAGUAACACUAUUGACCUUGUCGUAUAAGCUACCCCCCCCCCCCUAAAAAACAACCUAAAAAAACAACGCCCUACAUGCUCACCACCUUGUCUACUUAUGUGAAGCUCACUUAGUUUCAAAAAUCUAGAAUUGUAUCGAGAGUUCAGGGUUUUAGAAAUGUGGGAAGUGACAAAAUGACAAAAAUCAUAUGCACUGAUCAUGUAUAAUCAUCUUUUGUUUUUUUAGAAAAUUGUUAUUGUAGAAAAAAAGAUGAUAAAGCUAUUAACGGAGUUACCUUUGGUUGCCUGGAAUGCAUCCUGUAUAUUCUUGUACGGAGGACAACCUGGCAGACGUUGAAGAGAUUUGAAAUUCUUGCGCCCACUUGUACAUAUCGAUGUACCUCGCUUGUGGCGUUUACUGUGUGACCCUUAGCAGUUGAGGUUUAUUCGUCCCCUCACAGGGCGACCUGAGCCUCACUUCGCUGACCUUUUUCAGCUCGUAAAUAAGCUCACCGAUUUGCCUUACCCAAUCUCAUGUUGCCCCGCUAAAGUACUUGUUCAAUAAAACACUAUGAAGAGGAAUUCUGCUCUCCUAGAUUCAAAACCCCCAUGUUAGGGGUACGUCAGCGAUCAACAAAGUGACUUUGUUCUGGUUGUCACAUGGUACAACUUUACAACCAUCGCUGGUUUGUAUGCUAUUCCCCCCCCCCCCAUGUUACCUUUUUCAAAUCUCGGUCUUGAAAGCUUAUUUAAUUUUUCACUGCAUAUGAUGUCAUACUUUUAACCAAUGCAAGUGUUUUGACAUGGUAACCUCGUAAGCAUUCAAAAUGUGCAUACAUACAUUCAUGUCUGCUAUAUUUAUGAUUACAUUCAAGAAUAGCUUUAGAGUGCUGUAGAUAAGUAUUAUCAAUGUUGAUUCAAAUGCUUCUCAGAGGCCUCUGUGAGUGAUUUUACAAAGUUCAAUAAUUGUAUAUUUUGUAUUAUGUUCUAGCUCCAAAGGAAUGGCAGAAAAAAAGAAAAUGUUUAAAAAAGCUUUGUUCCCUGAACUAAAUUGUACUAUUUGUGUUGUCGAUUGAACAAAUUGCAUUCCUUGCUUGUGAAUUGAUGCAUUUCUCUCCCUGCUCCUUACAUUUUCUCCCCUUCUUAGUUCUUCCCCUCCUUUCUUUCAUUUUUUAGCCUUUGAAGUUUGAAUACAAUUUCUAGUUUGCAGAAUGUAUUACUAAAUAAAUGGGUUGUCAUCUGUACCUCUCAA